ACAUUUUUUUCUUUUUUUUUUUAAUUCAGUCACCCAUUAUCUUCCCUGUUUCGCCGAUACUUCAGCCGUUGCCGGCGGCGGCUUCCGGUGGUCUCUGUUCUUAUAGAAUAUAGGAAGCUCUCUCCGUAUGUUAUGUUAAUUGAAGUAAAAUAAAAGAUAAAGAGAUGUCGUUAUUACGAAGAAGAAAAGCACCUGAAAAUGAAAUUCAACCGGAUGUGGAGCCAAAGCUUGAUGCGGAAGAAGACGAUAAGAAGAGUAGGAAGAAGAAUGUGAAGUCUGGAAAGAAGAAGAAAUGGUCGUGUAUCGAUAAUUGCUGUUGGUUCGUAGGAUGCAUAUGUUGUGUGUGGUGGAUUUUGUUGUUUUUAUACAAUGCUAUGCCGGCGUCGUUCCCGCAGUAUGUUACGGAGGCGAUUACAGGCCCGUUACCUGAUCCACCGGGCAUCAAGUUGCAGAAGGAAGGGUUGAAGGCUAAGCAUCCGGUGGUAUUUAUUCCUGGAAUUGUCACGUGUGGACUUGAACUGUGGGAAGGACAUCAGUGUGCUGAAGGAUUGUUUCGGAAGCGGCUUUGGGGCGGGACUUUUGGAGAAGUGUACAAAAGACCACUAUGCUGGGUGAACCACAUGACAUUAGAUAAUGAAACUGGGAUGGAUCCUCCUGGUAUUAGAGUUAGGCCAGUUAGUGGACUUGUUGCUGCAGAUUACUUUGCUCCAGGAUACUUUGUCUGGGCAGUUUUGAUUGCUAACUUGGCUCGAAUUGGAUACGAGGAGAAAACCAUGUAUAUGGCUGCAUAUGAUUGGAGGCUUGCCUUUCAGAACACCGAGGUGCGAGACCAGACCCUAAGUCGGAUAAAAAGCAAUAUAGAACUGAUGGUUGCAACCAGUGGCAAGAAGGCAGUAAUUGUUCCACAUUCCAUGGGGGUUGUAUACUUUUUGCAUUUUAUGAAGUGGGUGGAGGCACCAGCUCCUGUGGGUGGUGGUGGUGGACCCGAUUGGUGCGCCAAGCACAUUAAAGCUGUGAUGAAUAUUGGUGGGCCAUUGCUAGGUGUUCCAAAAUCUAUAGCUGGCCUUUUCUCAGCUGAAGCACGGGAUAUUGCUGUUGCCAGGGCUCUGGCUCCAGGUGUUCUGGACACGGAUAUGUUCCAUCUUCAAACAUUAGAGCACAUAAUGAAGAUGUCACGAACCUGGGAUGCAACCAUGUCAAUGAUACCAAGAGGAGGGGACACGAUCUGGGGCGGUCUUGAAUGGUCACCCGAGGAAGGCUAUUCUCCUUGCAGAAGUAAGUCCAGAGACGAUGCUGCUCAGAAUUCAGGACAUCACGAGAAUCAAACUACAGAUUCUAAAGCAAAAUAUUACAGUUAUGGAAGGAUGAUGUCCUUUGGAAAGGAUGCAGCAGAAGCUCAUCCAUCAGAUCUUAAGAGGAUUGACUUCAGGGAUGCUGUUAAGGGCAGUAAUGUUGCAAAUAACACCUGUGAUGUGUGGAACGAGUACCAAGACAUGGGUGUUAGUGGCACUAAAGCAGUGGAAGAGUACAAGGUUUAUACAGCUGGAGAGAUUGUGGAUUUGCUCAACUUUGUUGCCCCGAAAAUGAUGGCCCGUGGUAAUGCUCACUUUUCAUAUGGGAUAGCUGAUGAUUUGGAUGAUCCUAAGUAUUCACACUACAAAUAUUGGUCAAAUCCAUUGGAGACAAAGUUACCAAAUGCUCCUGACAUGGAGAUCUAUUCACUGUAUGGAGUUGGCAUUGAAACUGAAAGAGCAUAUGUUUACAAGCGGAUACCUACAGCAGGAUGCAAUAUUCCAUUCCAGAUUGAUACUUCAGCUGAUGAUAAUGAUGAAGGUAGCUGCUUGAAAUCUGGUGUUUACACGGUAGAUGGUGAUGAGACUGUGCCUGCAUUAAGCGCAGGAUUCAUGUGUGCAAAAGGAUGGCGAGGAAAAACUAGAUUUAAUCCCUCUGGUAUCAAAACUUAUAUAAGGGAGUAUUUUCAUGCUCCCCCUGCAAACCUUCUUGAGGGUCGUGGUACACAGAGUGGUGCACAUGUUGAUAUAAUGGGAAAUUUCGCUUUGAUAGAGGAUGUAAUGAGAGUUGCUGCUGGUGGAACAAGUAAAAACUUGGGAGGUGAUCAAGUUUACUCAGAUAUCUUCAAGUGGUCUGAGAAGAUCAAUUUACGUUUGUGAUUAUCUGUCGAAACUCACCAGUUUCAUUGUGUCAACAUACCAGCUUGACAUGUUAUUUAUGAACUUACAUACCCUUUCCACUGGAUGCCAUUCAAAUAUUCAGAAAUGAACAGGUAUUUUUCCAGAUAUAGUGCAGGAUUUAUUACUUCCGGUGGUGUAAAUUGUAACAUUAACGCAGCUCAUCUCGCUAUGCAACAACAAAGAAUAAUAGGUGUGUAGUAGGGAUUGAGUUUGAUGUUGUACCAUUAAAGCUUAUAAUUAGCAGUGUAAGUGAAAGCUGUCGUACUACAGGUGUUCAUCCUCUACAUUUUAUUUGUCCAUUUCGACUUUUUA